CUGGGGCUACCUCGCUCCUGGUCUGCCUACCUCCUGGUGGUCUGCCUACCCCUCACGUCUAGCCUCUCUCCCUGCCCGACGGGCCUGGUGGGUCCGCGGCUGCUGCUUGCCUCGCGCCUCGCCCGCCGCGCGCCGCCCGCCCUCGCGGGCGUGCGGCGCAAGGUGAAGCGAGACGCCGCCGUCGAGAUAUCAAAGCCGAAGGACGACCCCAAGGGGUUCGGCAAGGCAGAGCCGGCGGCGGCGGCGCCUCCCCCGCCGCCCAAGAGGCAGGCUGCGGCCCCGGCCUCCCAGGCUCCGCCCGUCGACGUCUUUGCCCUCGCCGCGCCGGGCAGCCGCCUCGCCGACCUCCGCGUGCCUGCGUCGCUCGCGCAGCCGGCGGCGGCCAGCUACGGCGAGCUGUUCCGCAGCGUGGCACAGGCGGCCUCCUCCGCGCUCGGCGACGACGCCGCCUUCUCCGCCUUCGCCGCCGCCAACCGCGACCUGAUGGACUACCGCUUCCAGUACAAGCUGACGGCGCAGGCGCUCGCGGCAAAGAACCUCGGCGACGCGGCGGCGGGCGCGGAGCGGUCGGCGCUGUGCGAUGCGGCGGUGCGUGCGGGCCUGCGCUUCGACGCGCCCCUCUUCCGCGAGGUUGGCCCCGCGGAGCAGCGGCUCGGGCAGCUGCUCGGCAGCAUGCAGCAGGCCGGCGUGGCGGAGGUCGAGGGCGGGGCCGCAGUGCAGGCGGCGGGGGGGGCGCCGCAGCAGCAGCUGGCCUUCUGGCUGGUGACGUCGGCGGCGAUCGCCGCGUGGGAGUCCAAGCUCGACCUCCCCUCGGUGGCGGACCUCGCCCGCCAGAAGCUGCGCGAGCUGUGCGCCGUGCGAGAGCGGCUCGAGGGGGAGGGGGCGCUGCUGCCAGCCUCCGGGGUCGACUCCCUCUCCCCCCUCCUCCGCUGGCCCCUCCCCGCCGCUGGGAUGGACGAGGCCGCCCUCGCUGCAGAGGCGCGCGCGGCGAUAGCGGCCUGGCAGGUCGAGGACGCGGACGAGCGCACCGCCGCCCUCCGCAAGCUCGGCUGCUUGCGCGAGCAGUGCCAGCGCCACGCCUACCAGGCCUACCAGCCGCUGAUGACGAAGCUGGCCGCCGUCUACGACGUGAUGCUCUACGGCGCGCCCCAGCGGCUCGAGUGCGAGGAGAUCCACGCGCCGCCGCGCGAGGGGUACGAGUCGCGGCUGAUGCAGCUCUCCGCCGAGGCGGACAAGGUGCUCGACGAGUCGCAGGUGGACCGGACCCUCUACUUCUAGGAGUCUACUUCUAGGAGGCGCGGGGAGGGGGCGCCCGGCGGGGGCGCACAUGGCGCAUGGGCGGGCUAGGAGGCGCGGGAGCGACAUCGGAAGUAGAGCGCGUUGGAGCGAAGAGAAGGAGGUGAGGCGGAGCACCAGCGGUUUUGUGGAUCUCGUCGCACGGAUUGGUCAUCAUUGCGCAGUGGAGAGAUGAUGGUGGGGAUGUUGCAGUCUGAUACCAAAAUGUCUUUCCAUU